CAUCAGUCCCAGAGUCCGAGAGGCCGCGACAGGGUCUAUCAGCUUCUGGGGUCGCCGAGCGGGCUUGUGGCGCGGCUAGGCGACGCGGGGCGGGGCGGCCGGCACAAUGUCGAGGCAGGCGAACCGUGGUACCGAAAGCAAGAAAAUGAGUUCUGAGCUCUUCACCCUGACCUAUGGGGCUCUUGUCACCCAGCUGUGCAAGGACUAUGAAAAUGAUGAAGAUGUGAAUAAACAGUUGGACAAAAUGGGCUAUAACAUUGGAGUUCGACUGAUUGAAGAUUUUUUGGCACGGUCAAAUGUUGGGAGAUGCCAUGAUUUUCGGGAAACUGCGGAUGUCAUUGCCAAGGUGGCGUUCAAGAUGUACUUGGGCAUCACUCCAAGCAUCACUAAUUGGAGUCCAGCUGGUGAUGAAUUCUCCCUCAUUUUGGAAAAUAACCCCUUGGUGGACUUUGUGGAACUUCCUGAUAACCACUCGUCCCUUAUUUAUUCCAAUCUCUUAUGUGGGGUGCUGCGAGGAGCCUUGGAAAUGGUCCAGAUGGCUGUGGAGGCCAAGUUUGUCCAGGACACCCUGAAAGGAGACGGUGUGACAGAAAUCCGGAUGAGGUUCAUCAGGCGGAUCGAAGACAAUCUCCCAGCUGGAGAAGAAUGAUCACUUUCAGGACUUGAGGGUAGCCAGCAGGAGCGUUUGUUGGAAUAAAAAAGGAUCCAGUGCUCCCUCUGCCCUCUGGAACUCAGUGACUCUAACACGGAUGUUAUAUAUUCUUAAAAUCUUGUUUCCAUUCUCCAUGCUAAUAAAGAACAGACUGAUACAGUCCAGUUACCCCACAAGUGUGCACAUUCAGAAGGGAGAAAUUCUUUGCUCCCUUUCCCUUCAGAGGGGGCUGGAUGUAAUUGUCUUUGGUUGGACUAGAAGGAGCUCAGACCAUUUUACAUUCCUGUGUGAAUUUUCCAAAGCAAAACCCACUUUGACCCCAUUUAGAGAAGCCUGGCACAUCUAUCCCUGGGCCUUCAUAAAGCCAUUGGCAAAUGUCUGCAGGGAAUCCAGGCUCGUGGGGUAGAGGGUGGAGGGUUGGGAGAAGGGUGGGUAGGAAUUGCUAGCUGUAGUGUGACAUGCUGUAGUGCUUGCCAGGACACAGGAGCCAGUAAUGCCAGAAACACCGACUUCUGGGAAGCCACCCAGGUCUCAUUCCUCCCUGCUGUUUGGAGGCAACAUCUCCUCUUUUUACAGAGGAUCCAUCCUUUUUUCUUACAAAUUCUUCAAUAAAGACACAUUCUUGAGUGAAAUCCCAA